AUGAGGAAUAUAUGGGAAGCAGUGGAUGGAUUGAAACCAGCUUUGAUGAUGAUAAGUGUACAGAUUGCUUUGGCUUCAUUGAAUGUGAUGUACAAGGUUGCUAUUGACCGUGGAAUGAGCGUUAGCGUUCUCAAUGCUUAUCGUCUCAUUUUUGCCUCUGCUUUUACUAUUCCUCUUGCUCUUCUUCUUGAAAGGAAAAAGACGCCAAAGCUGACUUGGAGGGUGUUGUUCAUGUCAUUUUUUUGUGGUUUAUUCGGGGGAAGUUUGUUUCAAAACCUUUAUUCUGAAGGGUUGGCUUUAAUAUCCGCAACUUUUGCUUCUGCUGUCUUUAAUCUCAUUCCUGCUGUCACUUUUAUCUUGGCAGUCUGCUGUGGAUAUGAAAAAUUUAAUCUGGGGAAGGCAGAAGGGAAGGCGAAAGUGUUAGGAACAAUAAUAGGAGUUGGAGGGGCAAUGAUGCUAACUUUCAUGAAAGGCAUAGAAAUCAACAUUUGGACAUUUCACAUUCACCUUUUGCGUCACAAUAACACUUCAACCUCAAAACAUGGAAGCAAAUUGCUUGGUGUUUUCUGUGGCAUUGCAAGCUGCUUCUCCUACGCACUUUGGCUCAUCAUUCAGGCAAAGAUGAGUAAGGAAUACCCAAAGCAUCAUUCAAGCACAGCUUUGAUGUCCACAAUGGGAGCAAUACAGUCCACUGUGUUUGCUCUUUGUAUUGAUAGAGAUUGGAGCCAAUGGAGGUUGCAUUGGAAUGUUAGACUCCUAACCGCCGUUUAUUCGGGAGUAGUGGCAUCAGGAAUAAUGGUGAUAGUGAUAGCAUGGUGUGUGAGGAUGAGAGGCCCACUCUAUGUCUCAGUGUUCAAUCCUCUCAUGCUUGUGAUUGUCGCCAUCGCUGGCUCUCUCAUGCUGGAUGAAAGCCUCUACUUGGGCAGUGUGAUUGGAACAGUGCUGAUAGUGGCAGGGUUAUACCUGGUGUUGUGGGGAAAGAGCAAAGAGGCGAAGAAGAUGAAUCAAUUACUACCGUCCGAUCAUAUCGCUCAACAAUCUGGAGCCGUUGAGAUUUCUGUUCAUCAAGUUUCUUCAUUAUCCAAAACUGAAGAUGAUUCCCAGAAUAAGCCCAAAGAUGACCAAAACACACUCUCCUCAUGA